UGAUAAGUUAGAUUACUGAUACUCUUAAUUAUCUUCAUAGUAUUUUUUACCACAUAUUAGGUGGUCUCUUAAAGUUGUAUCUUUCUAAGUACAAAUUCACCAAUCACAAACGUAUAUAGAUACCUAAACUUCAAGGUGGAAACCACGUUGCUUUUAAAAGCUGCGUGCUGUAGCAAGUGAUAUUAUUUUAUUAAUUAAGAAAAAAUGACCGCAGUUAAAACUAAGAAACGAAAGGUUUCUAAAAAAAAUAAAAAAGCAUGGCGUAAACAUGUAGACACACGGGAUGUUGAUAAGUUCUUGGAGGAUUUACGAUUAGAAGAGAGGUUAGGUUCUUUUACUACUCGCGAAGAUUCUGAAUUAUUUAAAGUUUCUACAACACCUGAGGUUCUUCCAAAGAAACUACGUCGAGAAUUAUUGAAAUCCAAAGAACCACAAUGUUUCAAUAUUUUAAAACCUCACACAGCCAUUCCGGAUCCAAUAGUGAAAAGAAAUCGUGUAAGAACGAAAGAAGAAAGAACAAAUGCGCUUGUAUUAAGGAAGGAAGCUAUUAGAAAAUCUCGAGGGAUUUUGAAAUUAAAAGAGAAAUUGAGUCUGAAGAAUAGAAUGAUCGCAAUGAAGAAAAGAUUAAGUAAACCGAAAAGAGGUGAAUUUAAAAAUGAUGUUUGGAAAAAGAAGAUUGGAAAAGAUGUUGACAUUGAGUGGUUGUCUGGAGAUACUAUUAGACAUACAUUAAUACAUUUUGGAGAAAAGAAAAAGAAACUGCCAAGUUCAUUGCACAAAAAACCUUCUGCUUUACCAGCAGUUGAAGCUCCACAUCCAGGAAUGUCUUAUAAUCCAUCAUUUGAAGAUCAUCAAAACUUGUUACAUGAAGUGGCACAAAAAGAAUUAGAAUUAAUAAAGGAAGAAAAACAUCUGGAAAGGGUUACCACAAAGAUGUUUAAAAAGAUUUCACCUGAGGAAAAAGAAAAGAACAUGAUAAAAGAAAUGUCAGAAGGUCUGAAAUUAGAUUGCAGUCAAGAUUCUAAGGAAAAUGAAGAUGAAGAUGAAGAUCCAACAGUAAAAUCUAUAAAUCCACCUGUGCAGAAUGUGAAGAAGACUCUUGUGCAAAGACGUAAACAAAAAGAACAGAAAGAAUUAGCAUUUAAAAAACAACAGAACAAAAUUGAGAAAAAAAAAAUCUCAGACAUAUACAGAUUAAAACUAUUAGACAGGCAGUUGACUGCUAAAGAAAGAAAAACAAAAAGUGUAAGAGAAAAAAGACUAAAGAAAAAAGCACUUAAAGCAAUGGGCACUAAAACUCUCAGUAGAAUCAAAUUUGAACCUUUAGAACCUGAUUUUAAAUUAGCAAAAGAAUUAACUGGGAAUUUAAGAAAUGCUGAACCAACUGGUAAUCUAUUAAAAGAUAGAUUCAAGUCCCUUCAACAGAGGAAUAUUGUUGCACCUUCUAAACUUAAACUGAACCGGGAUAUAGCUAAAGUGAAACGGUUUAUCAAACCAGAUCAUAAAAUUGAUAUGACUAAAAUACAGUAA